CAUGGUUCCAUGUUUUCAUUUUCUUGUUUAAUGCACGUUUUUUCGUUUAAUUUUUUAUUGAAUCGCGUUCGGAUUUAGUGGAUUAUAAUUUUUCUUCAUCUUAUUUGGCGGUGCUAUUGAUAAUGGCAAAGUUAACAAUCCUUUACGAGCACGCAACCGGUUUCACGCUGUUUAAAGUUAAAGAAUUUGAAGACAUAGGCUCGGAACUUGCACAAGUUGAAAAGGCUGUACUCGACUUACAGCGCUUCACAAAAAUUGUCGAGCUAUUGGCAUUUGCUCCUUUCAAAACAUCUGUUGAUGCAUUGGAGGCAAUCAACAGCAUUUCCGAAGGUGUGUUGCCAGAGAGUCUGCAAGUUUUCUUAGAAACCAAUAUGCCUAAAGUUGGAAAAAUGUCAAAGGUAUUAUUGGGAGUUUCUGACAACAAAUUGGGCGCAAGCAUUAACGAAAAACUAGGACUCAAGAUACAACACACAGGAUAUGUGCUUGAAAUAUUGAGAGGCAUUAGAUACCAUUUUCCAUCUCUUAUGAAAGGCUUUGCCCCUAAAUUAGAAGGUAUAGCUCAAUUGGGUCUUGGCCAUAGCUACUCGAGAGCUAAAGUAAAGUUUAAUGUCAACAAAGUCGACAAUAUGAUAAUACACAGUGUUUCCUUGUUGGAUCAGCUCGACAAAGACUUAAAUACCUAUUCCAUGCGUAUAAGAGAAUGGUAUUCCUACCAUUUCCCAGAACUUUACAAGAUUGUACCAGAGAACUAUUUGUUCGCUAAAGUGGUGCAUUAUAUCGGUGACCGUAAACAACUCUCCGAAGAAAGAUUAGAUGGCCUCGAAGAAAUUAUUAUGGAUUCUGGAAAAGCUGCUGCUAUUCUAAGUGCCGCCAAAUCUUCAAUGGGAAUGGAAAUUUCCCCUGUUGAUUUAACCAAUGUGCUGAUGUUCACUAAACGUGUCAUGUCAUUAUCUGAAUACAGAAGAAGUCUGUCAGAGUAUUUAAAAAAUAAAAUGGCUACGGUGGCUCCUAACACUGCCGCUCUGAUCGGUGAACAAGUUGGAGCGAGGCUUAUAUCCAAAGCGGGCUCAUUGACUAAUUUGGCCAAAUGUCCUGCGUCUACCGUCCAAAUUCUAGGUGCUGAGAAAGCCCUGUUCAGGGCAAUGAAAACAAAGACUAGUACCCCAAAGUAUGGUCUUAUUUAUCAUUCAACGUUUAUUGGUCGUGCGGGUAGACAGUUUAAGGGCCGAGCUUCUCGAUUCCUCUCCAACAAAUUAAGUAUUGCAAGCCGCAUCGAUGCAUUUGCUGAUAAUCCUUGUAAUAUAUUUGGCCAGAAAAUGAAGCAACAGUGUGAGGAUCGGCUAAAAUAUUUCGAAACUGGUGAAAAACCGCCGAAAAAUGUCGAUGUUAUGCACGAUGCUUGCUUAGAAUCAGUUGUUUUGCAACAACAAAAUGAGAGCUUAAACACUAGUGUCAAACGUAAAAAACCCAAGAAGGACAAAAAAUCUAAAAAGAAGAAAGGGGAAGUAGAAAAUGGAGAAGAAUGAUUUUUUUUUGUUUUCCAUUAUUGACACAUUAUUAAAACUAUAACUAAAUAAAAUUUUCAUAAACUGAUUAA